ACGCAGCUGCAGUCACUUAGCCUUGGUCUGUUGAAAGGAUGCGGUUUGGGUUCUACAGCAGUAAUUUCCAGCUUCUCUCUAAAUCCCAUUUCAGGAGACUCGGUUAACUACUGAACUAUAAACAGUUGUGGGUAUGGAUGGAGAAUUCUCACUAGAAAACUAUUUAGACCAUUGCACAACCCAGGAUGAUCUUCUGUCAACUACGAGCACCCAAGAUUACCAUCCCAUGUGCCCCUUUGCAGCUGACUUCCCUCUCUCCUCAUCCCUGGAGGCAACCUUUCAUUCUCAGCCUGAUCAGGUCAAAGAUUUCUCUGCAGUAGACCUCAGUUUUCUGCCGGAUGAGUUAGACCUGGAGGGUAAGGAGGACGGUAGCAGUGGUCUGCUGGGAGAGGAAGGGGACAGUCCGCUGAGAACACAACGUUGUGGCGAGCCCUGGGAUGAUGGCGACCUGUGCCAAGGCGGGGACGAAAAGAUGACUCGGACCUUGGCGGACUCCCCCGAGUCUCUCCCCAUGACUCCGAUGAUGCCAGUGACCCCAGUGACGCCCACUUCCGAAAGCUCUGGCAUUGUUCCACAGUUACAGAAUAUAGUAGCCACUGUAAACCUGGCUUGCAAACUGGAUCUCAAGAAUAUAGCCCUCCAUGCCAGAAAUGCUGAAUAUAAUCCAAAGAGAUUUGCUGCCGUGAUCAUGAGAAUCAGAGAGCCAAGAACAACGGCCCUUAUAUUUAGUUCUGGCAAAAUGGUCUGCACUGGAGCAAAAAGUGAAGAACAGUCUCGGCUAGCAGCCAGGAAGUACGCCCGGGUGGUGCAGAAACUUGGUUUCCCUGCAAAGUUCCUGGAUUUCAAAAUACAGAACAUGGUAGGGAGUUGCGACGUAAGAUUUCCCAUCCGGCUGGAAGGCUUGGUUCUAACUCAUCAGCAAUUCAGCAGCUAUGAACCAGAACUGUUUCCUGGCCUUAUCUAUAGAAUGGUCAAGCCCAGGAUUGUAUUGCUCAUCUUUGUGUCUGGAAAAGUCGUAUUAACGGGUGCCAAAGACCGUUCUGAAAUCUAUGAAGCAUUUGAAAACAUCUACCCAAUCCUGAAGGGCUUCAAGAAAGCCUCUUAAUUUUUUGUGCGUGACAAAUUGUAAAGCAUGGAUAGGUUUGUAUAUGUUUUAUUAGGUCUUAGACAGAGUACAUAGCAGAACUGUUCAGAUGAUGUGAAAAAAAGUUUAAAAGAAAUAUGAAACAAAGAACAAGUUUGUUAAACUACUUUGUGAGUUUGAGUUAUCUGGAAGUACUGCUUAAAUU